GGUUUCCUAGCUCCUAGGGCCUUGCUCCCACAUGUUCUCACCUUUCUCUAACCCCUACCUCAGAGACAGAAGACCGCAUCUGCUGUACAUUCCUGGAAAGAGGCAUCUCUGCCCAUUGUUGGUGUCUGUGCUGAUGGGUAAUACUGGUAGAAAUGAGAGGUGAUAAUUCUAGCAGGAGGAUAACUCUAACAUUCUUCUAAACAUAACAUUUUAAUCUAAAAAUUGUUCCUGAAUGGAUUAAAGCAUGAGUAUAUAACUAAAUUUUAUAUGAACAUACAUAUAAUUUGAAUUCUAUCCAGUUCACUCAAAAGUACUUAUUUUGUUCCAGGAGUAGUGUGACCCAAGGGUGAAUGGUUGGGUGGGAAGGGGAAUAUUAUCUCCAUCGGUUUUCAUUAGUGUUCUCCCGUCCCCCAAUCUCUUAUGUGGAAAAAUUAAAUUUUGUCUAAUUUAAACUUCCCAUAAAGACAGGUCAGAGCAAGUCUCCUCCUUCUUUCCCAUCAGAUUGUCCUUUUUAAACUCUUCUUAUGUGGAAAUUCUCGAAGCGCCACAAUCUGACCGUUGUAGGAGAAACAGACAGAUGUUUACAGUCAAGUGUGAAGAGUAAAAGAGCCUAACUCAAAUGUAAAAUGUAAAUGUAAGAUAUACAAUUCCCCCCUACAUUUUACCAUCCAUGAAAAAGGUCUUACUCAAUGGCCCCUUCCUGUUAAUGGGCAACGUUUUUCUUUCCUUGUGACGUAUUAAAUAAUACUGAAUUUCCAGCAGACAGUGACUUAGGUCUGGUGACAUGGUAGAAGGAUCGAAGACAUAGAGGCAGCUGAGAGAGGAAAGCGAUUCAUCAUGUAGUCGUCACAGACAGUUUCCCGGAAGAAUAGCUGAGAGAAGCUCAUAGCCAAACCGAAAAGCGGAGGAGAGAUAAAAUGAAUAACCUGAUCGAAGAACUGUCAGCAAUGAUCCCUCAGUGCAAUCCCAUGGCACGGAAACUGGACAAGCUCACAGUGUUAAGAAUGGCUGUCCAACACUUGAAAUCUUUAAAAGGUAUGACAAAUUCUUAUGCAGGAGGUAAUUAUAGACCUUCAUUUAUUCAGGAUAAUGAGCUCAGACACUUAAUCCUUAAGACUGCCGAAGGCUUCCUAUUUGUGGUUGGAUGUGAAAGAGGAAAAAUUCUCUUCGUUUCUAAAUCAGUCUCCAAAAUACUUAAUUAUGAUCAGGCUAGCUUGACUGGACAAAGCUUAUUUGACUUCUUACAUCCAAAAGAUGUUGCCAAAGUAAAGGAGCAACUUUCUUCUUCUGACCUUUCACCGAGAGAGAAGCUGAUCGAUGCCAAAACUGGCUUGCAGGUUCACAGUAAUUUCCACAGUGGAAGGAUGCAUGUGUACUCUGGCUCGAGGCGAUCCUUUUUUUGUCGGAUAAAGAGCUGUAAAAUCUCUGUCAAACAAGAGCAUGAAUGCUUAUCCACCUCAAAGAAGAAAGAUCAUAGAAAAUUCUGUACUAUCCACUGCACUGGUUACUUGAGAAGCUGGCCUCCAAAUAUUGUUGGAGUGGAAGAAGAAAGGGACAAGAAGAAAGACUGUAGUAAUUUUACCUGCCUUGUUGCCAUUGGGAGAUUACAUCCAUAUAUUGUCCCACAGAACAGUGGAGAGAUUAAAGUGAAACCAACUGAAUUUAUAACCCGGUUUGCAAUGAAUGGAAAAUUUGUCUAUGUGGACCAAAGGGCGACAGCAAUUUUAGGAUAUCUGCCUCAGGAGCUUUUGGGAACUUCUUGCUAUGAAUAUUUUCAUCAAGAUGACCAUAGUAAUUUGACUGACAAGCACAAGGCAGUUCUACAGAGUAAAGAGAAAAUAUUUACAGAUUUAUACAAGUUCAGAAAGAAAGAUGGCUCUUUUGUAACUUUAAAAAGCCAGUGGUUUAGUUUCACAAAUCCUUGGACCAAAGAACUGGAAUACAUUGUGUCUGUCAACACUUUAGUUUUGGGACAUAAUGAGAUGAAAGAAGUGUCAUUACUUCCUUGUAGCUCUCAAUCAUCAGAAGAAUUCUCUAAACAGUCUUGUAUUAGUGUGCCUGGAAUGUCUACUGGAAUAGUACUUGGUGCUGGGAGUAUUGGGACAGAUAUUGUAAAUGAAGUCCUGGAUUUCCAGAGGUUACAGUCUUCUUCCUCCCUUGAUGACUCAAGUCCAACAAAUUUAAUGAAAGAUUCUCAUGCUAUCAACUGCAGGAAAAUUUCAAAAAAGGAGUUGAUUCCAGUAAAUCCUUCUGAAAUGGGGAAGUCAGAGGCUACAAGGCAAAACCAGAGUGCUGAUCCUCCCCACAAUCACGGGCCACUCCUUGGUGACAGUGCCCAGCUGGAUUUUGAUGCCCUGUGUGACAAUGAUGACACAGCCAUGGCUGCCUUCAUGAAUUACUUUGAAGCAGAGGGGGGCCUGGGAGACCCCGGGGACCUCGGUGACAUCCACUGGACACUCUAGCAUUUGAUUUUUAAUUCUUACAAAUUAGGAAUGUGUUAAAGCAUUUCAUUGAC